AAGAACGGUGCCUGUAACGUGGCCCAUAAAAACAUCCGGGAGCAGGGACGCUUCCUGCAGGACGUUUUCACCACGCUGGUGGAUCUCAAGUGGCCCCACACGCUGCUCAUCUUCACCAUGUCCUUCCUCUGCAGCUGGCUGCUCUUCGGCAUGGUCUGGUGGCUCAUCGCCUUCGCCCACGGGGACCUGGACCACAGCACCCGGUUGCAGCGCAGCCCCGGAGAGGGGACGGAGGGGGUCUCGGGUGGCUUUGUGCCCUGCGUGACCAGCAUCCACUCCUUCACCUCCGCCUUCCUCUUCUCCAUCGAGGUGCAGGUGACGAUCGGCUUCGGGGGACGCAUGGAAGCCGCCAUCCUGGUCCUGAUCGUGCAGAACAUCGUGGGGCUGGUGAUCAACGCUAUCAUGCUGGGCUGCAUCUUCAUGAAGACAUCGCAAGCCCACCGCCGGGCCGAGACCCUCAUCUUCAGCAAGCACGCGGUCAUCGCCCUGCGGGAUGGCAAGCUCUGCUUUAUGCUGCGAGUGGGUGACCUCCGGAAGAGCAUGAUCAUCAGUGCCACCAUCCGCAUGCAGGUGGUGAAGAAGACCUCCAGCCUGGAGGGGGAGGUGGUGCCCCUCAACCAGAUCGAUAUCCAGAUGGAGAACCCCGUGGGGGGCAACAGCAUUUUUCUUGUCUCCCCGCUCAUCAUCUACCAUGUGAUAGACAAGAACAGCCCCCUCUACGACAUCUCCCCCCUGAACCUUCACCACCACGAGGACCUGGAGAUCAUCGUCAUCUUGGAAGGGGUGGUGGAGACGACUGGCAUCACCACUCAAGCCAGAACCUCCUACCUGGCGGAUGAAAUCCUCUGGGGCCAAAGGUUUGUGCCCAUUGUGGCAGAGGAAGAUGGGCAAUACUCUGUGGACUACUCUAAAUUUGGCAACACGGUGAAAGUGCCCACCCCUUCGUGCACUGCUAGGCAGCUGGAAGAGGACAAAAGCAUUAUGGACACCAUGCCGUUGUCCCCUAAAGGCACAAUAAGGAAGAGGUCUGUCAAGCUAAAGCCCAAGUUUACCAUAAGCGAUGAGCCUUCCUGAUGCCUUUUGACUGGGAAACUGUUAGGGCUUUGUGGCUGAAAGAUCUCAUGAACUUGAAACACUGAGGUGGCCUCUUACUUUUUUUUAAAUUCAGGUUGGUAGCACACAGUAUGUUCUGUUGUCAUUUAUUGUGGGAUAAAUCUAAAGCUAAUUAUAUUUUUUUAAAGGCAUGAGAGAUUUCAAGCAGCACUGGGAGUAGGAAAAUCAUGGUCUGCAGCUUUAAAUUUCAAUCCAGACUGUCCUAUUUAAUUGCACGAACACUUUGCAUUGAUUCAUCUGCAGGUAAUAACAUAUUGCCUGAAAAGAUAAAUGUGUAUUUAUCCUCAGAGAUUGCAGUACUUAGGGUCUUGCAGUGUCCUAAAGUCAGUAGUUUUUAACUGGUUUUUUUUCUAACUUGAACAAUCAAUAUAGCAAAGUAAAAUAUUAAUAAUUAAUAAAGUAGGCUGGAUUUAAUGAUAACAAAAAGGUCAGGCAAUGUUAUGUAUGACACAAGACCAGAUCUGGAAGUGUCUAUCUAUUACACUCUGUAUCUCAGAGAAAUUAACUGCAGGAUUUGCUUCAUCCAUAUUGUAUUGCAUGGAGCCAAUCCUUCCACAUGCAAUAUGAAAUGUAUUUGAAUAUUUACUUUUGUUUAUUUUAAAACCCUUUAUUGCUUCCAAAAUAAAACAUUCAGGAGUA